CCAUAUUAUGCGUUGUUAUGGAAUGGCGUUAUGCACACAGCUACACGCUUUACAACGGAUUUGAAAAUGUAUUCGGAUUGUAAUGUUUUUUCUUUUCUCACCGGGGCAAUGGAUUAAUGAUGUGAUUUUAGGAAUUUGAAGAAUGAAUGAAUGAGCCACAAGAACAAACAACAAAGAACAAAUCAGACUGACUUCCAAGAUUGUCCAUGUCUUCCAAAGGAAAUCAUCUUUAACAUCCACACCCCCCCCCCCUCCCCAAGCAGGAUGGAUGAGGGAAGAACAAAUUGCUUUGUGCCAUCCACAGAGAUACAUUUUUGCAAGCUCGCUCUGAGAAGAUGAAUAGCAAACCAUGGCAGGGUCUGGAGGUUCUUUGGACGACCAUGAGAUAGACUUUGACCAUGAUGGUCUCAGGAACAGAUUUUCCAGUGCUUCCGUCAGUAGUAGUCAAGUAAGCGAUGACGUCUACGGAGAAGAGGUCUUCUCACCUGAGCCUCAGGGUGAGAAUGUCUUCUCCAUGACCAAUGUUGAGGACGGCAUCCAACCACAACGAGAGUCGCAGGAAGAAGAUGAGAACGGAGACAUCGGGCCACUGACUCCGAGAGGCAAGAUCAUAGGAAACGGCUUUGACAGGCCAAUCCAUCGUCAAAGAUCGCUGCAGGAGUUUGAACACCUUGAGCUGACCCUUAAAGACCAGUCUCAAGAAUCUGCAGAAGGUGUUGGCAUGGAUGAGAGGUUUCUGCUGGGGAAUGGGAAUGUUUUGGCCAAUGGAGGGCUGAAUGGAGGGUACGAGGUGGAUCGCAGGAGCUCUGGAGAUAUGGAUUUCAGGUCCGAUCAUGACUAUGACAUGAGCGGGAGUGGUAGACAUAAUGGAGUUUCUGAGAGUGAACACAGCUUUGGAAGUGCAGCUGAAGGAGAAGAGAAUAUGCAUAACGAGAGUGACGACAUGAUGAAGUAUAUGCAGGCCACACCAAGAAGCACGGUAGAGGUCCCUUCUGGUGAAGAACAUGGACUCUCCAGGCUGAUGGAGAAAUCCUAUGACAACGAUUCUCUGGAUGAUUAUGGAGGUGAGGUCAAUGGGCACUAUGUUCCCCAGAUGUCUUCACAGCCAGACUUCUUCAGCCUGAGUCAAGAGCGGCUGCCAGAGGAACCGUCUCAUCUGGAAUCAGAAGACGGCUCUGAUUUGUUUGGUCAUAGUAGAAACAACACUCCCAAGGGCAGGGAAAGCCUCACGACAGUCAUUCAAGCAGCUGCUACAAAUGUUGAGACCUUUGGGACAGGGAGCAGUCCUGAGGGUAAGAAAGACGCCAGUGGAGGAGACGUGGAGCACUUCAAACCUAUCGCUACCUCUCAUAGAAGGCCAAGCAGACCUCAAACUGCUGCACAACUGAAAAAUAAGACAAUCUCGGAACAGAGUUCAGCCAGUGAACAAAACUUACAGCAAAGUAUUGAUGGUAAAAGGAAAACCAAUAGUGUCAAAUCAUUCAGAACUAGAUCUUCCAGGGCAUCAACGCCCCAGUCAGUAUUAUCACAGAGUAGUAGGAGAAGUAGUUGUGCCAGUAUAAGAAGCCACGAUGAUCAAAGCGAAUACAGUAUUCAGGAGAGUGUAGGGCAAGUGAGUCAAAGAUCAAGCACACCGGGACGCAAUUCAACUCUUGUCCGCCAAGUAGAUGAGUUCAGUCCGUCACCUGUGAAGCAUGAUAGGGACAUUCCUGUGGGGACCAUCCCCAGGUUGCGCUUGGACAACAUGUCUGCACGAAGUGACCUCAGUAGCACUGACCUGCAGCACCUAGACAAGAGUGCAAGGUCGAGACUGCUCAGCGAUGAGUUUGUGGAUCAGCUGCAGGAGGAACAUGAUGAACUCCUGCAGAAGCACGCUCAGCUCCUGCAGAAGCAUGCCCAAGCAGAGAAUACCAUUGAUUCCUUGCGUCUAGGGGCAAGGGUCAACCUGCAUUAUGAGGGCGCACCAGGUGGUCAACCAGGGAAUGCUGGACCUUCACCAGCCAAACAUGGUCAGAGUAUAACAUUGCCUCAAGGACAGAAAGGAGUGGUUUCUCGCAGUGGCAGUCUGACACAUCCCCCUGGAGGGAAUAGUACAAUCCACUUGCACACAACAUCCAAUGUAAGCAUGGGUGCUUCCACUUCUAAUAAGGGGAAGAGUCAGAUGGCUUUGCCGGAUGCAUCUGAAGGGAAACUGCUGGCUCUUCAGUUUCAGACUGAAGGGCACAAGGAGAAGAUGGACUCAUAUGAGAUUCUUUUACAAGAAAACCACCUUAACCCUGUGGACCAACAGAGGGGGCUAGAGGGGUUGAAGUCGGGUCAGGACAAGCUAGAAGCAGACUACAUGCAGGCUAAGGAAGAGCACAAUCUGAAGGUCAGAUUGGGGUCAGCUACAGGUCAACAAGCAAUUUUUGACCCAGAGAAGUCUUUGGAGGGUCAGUUGUUUCAGCUUGGGAUGAGGCUGGAGGACCUUCAAGAGAUUGUACAGGAUAAUUUACGUAGUAACCCACCAGAGCUGCCGGCCACCCCCCAAAGGAAGGCAUCAGAUGCUACCAUGGCAACAGGGGAUGGUUCUGUAGUAGAUCUCACAAGAGGACAAAGCAAUACACAGUCUCCUGAAGAAGACUAUGCCUUGCUGCUAAGCAGGUAUGAUGCUCUAAAACAGCUACCACCCCACCCAGAGAGAGACAGAGAGAUUCAGCAGCUUGUCAAGAGCCUUCAGGACAUGCCAGACUCUGCUGUUGUGAGUAUGGAUCAACUGGACAAUGGAGAUGGAGCCGGUUUCCAUGGUAACGAUGCUGAGAUGAUAGAGGAGGAUGAGAUGGAUUUUGAUGAUGAUGGUGAGGAUCAUGAUGGGGACGUGGACCGAUCUUCAAGCCAUUCCUCUCCGUUCAGAGAAACAACAUCGCCUGAUGUCUUCAGACCAAAAGGAACAAGACAGGAUGAGCUUCCAAAAUGGCAGCCCCCUGGAGAUGGAAGCAUCUCAUCGCUAGGGUCACCGGAUCAUGAUCAACCAUCAUCAUCUGUCCAUAGUAGGAGGAAAAGCAUCCCUGGAAAAUCUAGCACCAAGCAGACUCCACCGCGCCCUAACUCCGACCAUCGGUCCUCCCACCGCAGGGGUGAUGCAGGGGGUGAUACCAGGAAGCAGAGGGGCAACAAGAGCACCCACGGCACCCAUCUAGAGCCUGAGGGGGACAGUGGGUUCCUCGGAUCGGAGAGCAGUAGGCAGUCCCUUCAGACUAGAGGCUCAGACACGAGGACAAGGAACAGGGCACAGAGGUUGCCAGCACAUUCUGAAAUACCUAAAAUUGUUCCCAUAAGAGAUUCCAGGUUGCCUUCUCAAGAGUCUCAAAGGAGGAGCAUGAAAACACCCCUCAGAAGUAAUGAACCAGUCCCACUGAGGCAGCAGGCUGUGCCUGAGGAGGAAGAUUCCAUUUAUUCUGGAGGGGGUAAAAGAGCCAGGGGAAAAAAGCCAGAAGUUAUGCCCCGUGAGACCCAAGAUUCUGUUUACUCUGGUGGGAGUAAGAGAGCUAAAGAAAGAAGUCCUCAAAAAAUGACACCUCGUGAGCAUCAAAGAAGAGAUACGAGAUCAGUAUCCAGUCAGCCUCACGCAGUACCAUCACCCAUAAAGCAGAGGGAACAGAGAGCAAAUGGUACACCUCCUCCAGCACAGCAAAGCAGACAUCCCUCAAAUGACCAGGGCAUCCCUCUUGGUAGCCAGUACUUGAGCAGAAGCGCUAAUCACCAGAACAGCAGGGUACCGGCACCUCAAAGGGUACACCAUCAAAGGACAGAACCGCCGAGAAGACCUAGGGAAUCACCCCAAAGGCACCAGCAACCAGAGUUUGAUGGAAGGUCUGAUGUCACCAGGAGCAGCGUGAGGAGUGAUGCCUUACGAGCCCUCCAGGAUGACGUCAAUCAGCUAAGAACCAAGAUGAUGGAGGCAAACCGCAACCCUCCACCAAUACCAGAGGAGAGCCGGUAUUCGAGGAUGCGUAACCAUGAUGAUGGUGACGAGGAUAGGCUCUCUUCACGGAGCUCAAAAAGCGAGAUGCUGCACAUGUUGCAGGAGGAAAUUACAGAUUUGAAGGACCAGCUUGCAGAUAGAGAUGCCACUCCCAGCAGAAUGCAUGCACCGUAUGCCUCGUCAACACCACUGAGGGACACCAUACGUGAUGUGCUCAGAGAGAGGUACAUUCCAAGGAGCAAUGCUUUUUUCGGUGCUUCACCAAUCCAUACAAGUCCCAAGAAAUAUAACUCUGGAACCAGACAUGAGAAUUGGUCAACCAUGAGAACUCCAUCACGUCCGGCUACAGACAAUCAAAGCUAUGCAUUUUCUAGAGGUGCCAACUAUACCCCUUCAAGUCCACCAGCAGUGUCCAGGAGGCCAGGGGGGUUUCAGACACCUGGUGUGCGGUACCAAACUGAGACAAUGCUAUGUCCUACGUGUGGAGGGUCUGGUAGUCACACCCAUGGCGAGUAUAGCUACCCACCACCACCACCACACCGUACUCCACCUCCUGAGGCUUAUGUCCCUACGUACAGUUCACAGACACCAUCAUCAAGGGUGUACCCUCAGGCACCAUAUUAUACUCCAACACAACCCAACCCUGCAGUUGCACUUCACACCAUGCCAGGGGCACCACAAAACAAUCAUUCAGUACCACUUAACCAAGGACAAUCCUAUGUGCUCCAGCAGCCUUACACUUCUGCAGCACCGCAGCCGAUCACAGUGGUACCACAGGCCACCCAACAGGUACCAGCUGCAACACCUGCUACCCCAGCAGUGAACCAGACAAGUACACAUCAACCAAGUGGAACACCUAGCCAUUUACAUCCUGAUGCUCGGCCAGUCUACCUGAUACCCGGCAAGAGUAGAGGGCGCUAUUACCUCAGGGAGGAGGAGGAGGAGGAGGAGGGAUCCAGUGCAGGAGGGGGAGAGGAGGAGUUUUAUUACAGGAGAACACCAAAGUCCUCCAGGACCAGGAACAGACAUACUCCAAGGACUGUUAAACACCAGAAGGUAAGUGAAGUACCAGCUGAGCUUCAACUCUCCCUUGAUGAUGCUCUCCACAUGGCACAAAGGCUCAAGAGAACGACCCACCAGAUGGUGUCCUCUGUAAGAAGAGAUGUACGCUUGGCUGAAUCCUUCAACUGAUGACAGUGAUCACUUUGGUUUCUUCCUGGAUGAUACCCUCUGCAUGGUUCAAAGACUCAAGAGAACAACCCACCAGAUGGUGUCCUCUGUAACAAAAGAGAUGUACGCUUGGCUGAAUCCUUCAACUGAUGACAGUGAUCACUUUGGUUUCUUCCUGGAUGAUACCCUCUGCAUUGUUCAAAGACUCAAGAGAACAACCCACCAGAUGGUGUCUUCUGUAAGAAGAGAUGUACGCUUGGCUGAAUCCUUCAACUGAUGACAGUGAUCACUUUGGUUUCUUCCAGGAUGAUACCCUCUGCAUUGUUCAAAGACUCAAGAGAACAACCCACCAGAUGGUGUCUUCUGUAAGAAGAGAUGUACGCUUGGCUGAUUCCUUCAACUGAUGACAGUGAUCACUUUGGUUUCUUCCUGGAUGAUACACUCUGCAUGGUUCAAAGACUCAAGAGAACAACCCACCAGAUGGUGUCCUCUGUGAGACGAGAUAGAUAGUAUACCCCUGCCGGAGAGACAUAUGCAUGGCAAAAUCAUUCAACAGAUGACAGAGUGGACACAAUGGUUUCCAUUCUGGCUUCUCUUUUCUACAAUUCCUUGAUGAUCAUUUAGUUGGUGAAGAGAAAAACACACCAGAUGAUAGGCUCUGUCAGGAAAAAUCAUUUGCAUUUGGCUGAAUUAUCCCCUGGAUGACUGAUGGACCAUGUGGUUCUUGUUGCCAUUGGGAUUUCUCUCUUGAGCAUCGUUACUAAAAGCCCACCUUAAUCAUGUACACAGUCACCACUUUAUUUAUCUUCCGAGAGACACUUUAAUCAGGUUUGAAAUUGUCGUCAUGGCCAAUCCAUAAGAUAGUGUUUUCUAUCGUCAUCAGCUUAAGGUGAUAGUUAGAAACAGAAGAAAACAUGAACAUGUCGUAUUUAUGAAAAAUAAAAGUAAAUUUCUUGCGGCUGCAUAGGUUGAAAAAAGGAACAGAAGUCGUUAUUUGAAGGCUACUUAUGCAUGUAACAUUUCCAGGUUUGGUCUGCUUUUGUAUGUAAUUUAAAUUUUUAACAAAAUGUCUGUUUUCCAUAAUCAUCAAAUGAUGUUAACUUGACAAAUUACAUUUGUGGAAAGUGUUAAAAUUUAGUAGCAGAGCUUUUUAUGAUAAACAGCUGAAGUUUUGAGACCAUUUUGUACCAGGACAAAGAGGUUUUUAGAAUUUGUUCUUCCAUUUUCUUCUUUACAGAAAUCGAUAUUUGACAUUAUUAUUAGUUGUCAUGGUGCUAAUGGUAAACCGGAUUUUGCAAGAAAUGUAUCAAAGCUUUAAAUAUCAACGUAGCUGUGUAUGUGUUAAGGAUUUUACAGAUGUUUAUCAAUCAGAUACGUCUGAGACUUACAGUACCUUUAACGCCAACAUCCAAAAGAAGUGACUUAGUUUGGAACCUACAUGUAGGUUCCGAUCAGAGUCUGUUUGUAAGCGAAGACAGAGAGCUGACCAUACCACAGACAUUGCCGCUAGACCCUGUUAACAAAUAUAAACAGCAUUUUACACAGCAUUUAAAAAGGUUAUCAAUACAUUCAUAUGUCACUUACAAAUAUAUUUUGAUAUUUUAGUCCAUGUACUAAUACACAUCUUAGCUACACUAGAGAGAUAUAUCUAUGGUGUGCUGGUGUAUUGAACAAGGAGAAAGUAUUAACCAUGCAUUAAACAAUAUUUGAUUUCAAUCUUUUGUAUUUUCAAGCAUUAUUAAUCUGAUUGAUGCAUUAAUAGUCAGCUAUGUUUUUGCUCCACCAAAAUUUAUCUCUGUAAUAUGGGACAGCUAUAUUCUUAUAUUCAGCAUUAUUUAAAUGAAUCAGAACCAUACUUCAGCAGAUGUUACAUUAUGGAGGACACCAUAUGAUUGCAGGGCCCUCAGGGAAAACAGUAUGAAUACUGAUUAGGCUACCCUGGGUAAACAACAUAUUAUUAUUGUUAUUAUUAUUUACACGUCUCACUUUUCAUUCCACCGAUGCUUUCAAAAUUGUACCCUUUGAACUUUUCAACAUUUUAAUACAGAGAAUAGAUUUAGCUGAUACCCCUUCUUUAUGUCACCUCCCUCUUUCUGUAUUCAGCAUGACAUGUACAUGUCAUGAUAAAGAAAUGAAAUUUGAAAAUUUCCCCUGGAAGAAUAUUAUAAGACGCCAUGGACACCAUCCAUUCCAAAGUACAUUUAUUUCAAUAACAAAAUAUUUGACAGCAUCAAAUUUGGACAGUUAAUAUGUAGCUUUCUCGCCAAAAUAUGAUUUUUCUUUUGAUUUUAGAGUACUAAACUGUAGUAGAAAUCAUACGUAAUGUACUAGAUAAUCAAUGAAAUAAUAUUUGUAAUAUAAUCAUGCAUCAUCAUGCAGUAUAUAAUGUAGAAUUUUAUUCAGAAGUGUGAGAUGAGCAUUGAAACAAAUACCACUAUAGAACAACUUUUUGACGGUGAUUUUUAUAUUUAAAAAAUCAAAGAACAAACAUAGAGGCUGUAUAGCGUUUUUAUACAUAUUUUGUAGAGUUUUUUGUAGUUUUUUGUACAAAAGAUGUGAAUAUAUGAGAUGGAGAGAAAUCUGUGGAAUAUAUUGAUGUAAAUUCACAACAUUUUUUAUUAAUGCAUGCUUGAUUUUGUAAAUAUCAGGGCCAUUGGGGAUCAAAAACAUUUGCCAAUUAUGAUGUUUGCAGCUGUAGGGGUGGUUCUUCCCAGCAUUCAUGUUCUUUUCAAAUCUUCUGCAGGAUAAUUUUUAUGGACAGCAUUUUAUGUUUUAUGUAAUUCUCAAUCUCAAGU